AUGCUAAUGACACUCCUUCCUGACCUGUCUUUCGCAGUCCUCGCAGUCCUCAUCAGCCUCUCCGUGUCCACAGAGUUGCGGAGAGCUGACUACACUCUCACCUGCCAGGAGAUCGCUGCCGCUGUUUCCUCUGCGUCCAACGUGUAUUACAGUGGGUCUUCCCAAUACACAAAGGAUAACGAUCAUUGGGCUUCUUCGAGUUCUCAAACUUCUGCAUGCUCCUUUGAGCCCGCCAACGCUCAGGACGUCGGAAUCGCUCUCCAAAUAUUGGCCAAGGACCAGACCCCAUUUGCAGUCAAAAGCGGCGGUCAUUCAGCGAAUUCAGGGUUUUCAUCGACCCCUGGCGUCCAGAUUGCUUUGUUUUCGUUUUCACAAGUUUUGUAUGAUGCGAAUGCCCAGACGGCGACUAUUGGGACGGGGUUGAUCUGGGAUAAUGUCUAUUCCGAACUCGAUCAAUACGGAGUGACCGUUGUAGGAGCGAAGACUACUGGCGUUGGGGUCGGAGGCAUCGUCCUUGGAGGAGGAUAUACAUAUAUUAGCAAUCAGUAUGGUCUGUCGGUCGACAAUAUCGUGUCGUUUGAGCUGGUGAUGCCUAAUGGCACAGUUGCGAGUAUCACCAGUUCUUCAAAUCCAGAUCUGUUCUAUGGCCUUCGGGGAGGAUUCAACAAUUUUGGAAUUGUUACCACAGUGACUAUGAAGACGUACGCCCAGUCUCAAGUCUGGGGCGGGCGUAUCUCAUACACGGCGUCUCAAUGGGAUGCAGUCAACACUGCUAUAGCUAAUUUUGUGUCGACGGUCACCGAUCCCAAAGCUUGUGUGUACAGCACAACCAACUACGCGUCCGGUGUGGCAGCGAUAUCGAGCUUCCUGUUUUAUGAUGCGCCGACUUACCCUGAUGGCAUGUUCAACGAACUACUGGCGAUCCCACACUUUGAUGAGGACAUCUCAACGAGGGCUUAUUCGAACUUUAUCCAGACUUUACCUGCGAAUGCCUCAUCGGGACUAAGAGCAAUGUUCCAUUGGGUGCCUGUUGAGCAAUUCACGCUGCCAAUGCUACAGAUGGUCAAGAACCAGACGCUGUUCUAUGGCGAGGAAUUGUCGCGAUCAAGCGGAUUUUUGAUCUCAUACGACCUUGUCCCUUUCCUGCCCUCACUCUACAGCCACUCCGAUACGCCAUCCGCUUUCCCUUCUUCGCGGGAUUCAGGACAGGGAUACUCAUUUAUCGAGGUGUAUUAUGGGUGGACGGAUCCGAAUGAUGAUGAGGUGAUGGCCCAAGUUGGUGCAGAGAGCGCUGCCUACAUGAAGCAGUUUGCUGUGGAUGCUGGUCAGAACGUUGGAAAUGCGCUGAUAUACCCGAAUUGUGCGCCUCCGGGCACGGAUUUGGCGGAUAUGUAUGGGGAUGCUGUAUCGCGUCUGCAUUCUAUCAGGAGCGCCGUGGAUCCAGGUAAUGUGAUGGGACUCACGGGAGGAUGGAGAUUCUGAUUGGACUGUCGGAUAUCUGAGGAACAUUUUAACACUUACAUAUACGGUACUGGAUGGAAGAAUCAUAAAAGUGACACAUUGC